GUUAGCAGCUAUCACUCCCGGAAGCCCUUUUUCCCGGCCCGGUCUGGCUUUGCUGUGUGCUGCCGCCCCCCUUAUCCUGCGUGCGGCCUCUUGCCGCCUCCCAAGCCCGGGGCUGCGGGGCCUGUUUUCCAGUGUCCCCGGAGCCAUGCCGGGCCCGCAGGCCGGGAGCAGAGCCCGGGUUUAUGCGGACGUUAACAGCCUAAGGAGUCGCGAGUACUGGGACUACGAGGCGCACGUCCCUAAUUGGGGAAACCAAGAGGACUAUCAACUAGUCAGGAAACUUGGCCGCGGCAAGUACAGUGAGGUGUUUGAAGCCAUAAACAUCACCAACAAUGAGAGGGUCGUGGUGAAGAUUCUCAAGCCAGUAAAAAAGAAGAAAAUAAAGCGAGAAGUGAAGAUUCUCGAGAACCUGCGUGGAGGAACCAAUAUUAUCCGCCUUCUAGACACCAUCAAAGAUCCUGUGUCCAAAACCCCAGCUUUGGUUUUUGAAUAUAUCAAUAAUACAGACUUUAAGCAACUGUAUCAGAUCCUUACAGACUAUGAUAUCCGCUUUUACAUGUAUGAGCUGCUGAAGGCUUUGGACUAUUGUCACAGUCAAGGGGUGAUGCACCGUGAUGUGAAACCACAUAAUGUCAUGAUUGACCACCAGCAGAAAAAGCUUCGCUUGAUAGAUUGGGGCCUUGCAGAGUUCUACCAUCCAGCGCAAGAGUAUAAUGUGCGUGUAGCCUCCAGGUACUUCAAGGGACCUGAACUUCUUGUGGAUUAUCAGAUGUAUGAUUACAGCCUUGAUAUGUGGAGUCUGGGCUGCAUGUUGGCCAGUAUGAUUUUCAGAAAGGAGCCAUUUUUUCACGGACAAGAUAACUAUGAUCAGUUGGUCCGGAUCGCAAAAGUACUGGGCACAGAUGAGCUUUAUGGAUACCUAAAGAAAUAUCACAUAGAGUUGGAUCCCCAUUUCAAUGACAUCUUAGGACAGCACUCACGAAAGCGCUGGGAGAAUUUCAUACAUAGUGAAAAUAGACACCUUGUGACUGCAGAAGCACUAGACAUGCUAGAUAAGCUGCUGCGAUAUGACCAUCAGCAGAGACUAACGGCACGUGAAGCCAUGGAGCACCCCUACUUCUAUCCUGUAGUAAAGGAACAACAGGCUCAGACAGACAGUCCUCUGCUCUCUGGCAGCUUGUCAGCAGCACGAUGAGUACCAGGGAUUGUGGGACGCCGCUGCUGUUCUCACCAUGUUUCUCGUGAAUAGAUCCAGAGUACACACUGGAGCAGAUUUUGGUAUUGGCCGCAGUGAGUGAAGGGAAAGUUAUAUCAGUUGGUCCCAUCCGUACCGGAACCCAGAAUCCCACUAUUUACUAACCAAGAUACUGCGAUGGACAGGUUGUCAAUUCCAGGAGCCCCCAACUGGGGAUAAAUAGCCACCAACAGGACCCAUGGACUGAGGAGCCCAAACUGCAGACGUCCCCCACUCUCCCUCAUUUUUCUCAAUGGGCAGAAAGCCCUCUGAGUUCUAUAUAUACCUUGGUUAACUAUUUGCCUUCUGGACGGAGCUUCCUUGUAAGGGUGUCAAGUGUUUCCAAGCAGGUCUCUGGCAAGGAUGGGUUUAACCUUGUGAACAGGACCAGACAAACCUUGGGAAAAAACUGGAGAUUGAAAUCCAAUGUGCAUGGCCAGUUUUUUUGUUUAGUUUGUAUUAAAUGGAGCAAAUUGUUACAGGGUAAAGUUGAGAUGCAACACAGCCACCUCUUUAAAACACAGAAAUGUCCCCAAUGCCUUUAUGGGGUUUUUGACCAAUAAACAAGGAAAUACUGGAUUAUGAGGCCCGGAUUUAUUACUCUGGGAACCCUCCUUUUUCAGUCUUAAUCUUAAAGCUUUUCCAGGGAACAGCAUGACCGUUUGCUGAGCUAGUACAUACUGGUGUUAUUUCUAGAUGACACUAUAUAACUGGCUUUUAAAGGGCUCUCGGAGUGAUGCUUCAUUCCCUCAUACUAUAAUAGACCUUCCCCAGUACAUAGUAUACAUAGCAUGAGUCUCAGGCAGAUAGCUGUUCCAUUUGUUUACGUAGAUCUGGAUUAUUUUUUUAAAGGGUGUGCAGGAGCCAGGUGACUCACCUGAUUGUUAAAUUAUCCCUGCAUUCUUUAUGUGGAACAGCCUAUGGAAUGAGCCUUCUCAGGGUACUGACUACUGGGAUUGGAGUCCUGGAUCUAAUGGUAGCAAUGUUAAUUGUAAUAAUAAUCUAAACAGUUCACUGCCAGAGGGACCGGUACCCACUGGUGGAUCCCUGUCCAGGUUACUCCUAAAUUCUGAUCCUGUCAGACAUUCUUUGUCUUAAUCUGUGUCCCUUAAUCUCCCUCCUGCCAGACUUGUCAUACACCUUCCAUGCUGCAAACAUACACAGCUGUUCUCCAUGUAUCCCUUGCCAAACACCUGCAGAUCACCCAUAAAUCAUAUAAUGCAAAAGAUCCCUUCCUUGCUUCGAGACCUGCAGGACAUCACUUAGCCCCUCACUCCCAUGCUUGGUGGUCCUAAGUGCUGUACUUCAGGUGCUAGUAUUGACAUUAUGUUCCUGCGCUUGCCCAGUUUGGUUCCACCUUAUUUCCCACUCACACUGUUUAAUGUGUGUUCUGAAGCUACCUCGGUGACAAGGCUCUGGUGCAGGUUGGGAUCUGCUGCCUGUGCAAUUCAUUCUGGGAUUUAUAUACAAGUCAAGGGUUGCAAUCAAGUAAAUCUAAUUUUCUGGGGGAAGAAAGUGUUAAAACAUUUUAUUUUUUUAAUUUAAUGAAGUGAUUGAGCUGUGUUAAAGACCUCUUAUCUACUGCAAACUGUGCAGUCUAUGCACUGUGGUCUUUACAAUCUCACAACACUUUGAAUGCCAAAAGGGUCAGAUGUUGCAGAUUCUUGUGUGAAGUUCUCUGCCAUGUAAACUGAGGAAUUGUCUGCGAAGGCAAACUCAAUUACUGUAAAGGUCUACUAGAUAAUCAGACUUUUACAGGGGUACAGCGCAAAAUGCCUGGAUUUGUGAAAGUAGCACCCUCCAUUCCCAUUUGAUGAAGCAAGUUGUAAGAGGCCUCAUGGCUCUACAGACUAUAUGACCACCCCAGUGUAUGAAUCUUUCUGGUUGUCUAACUAUAUGCUCAUUGUGGUUGCACUUCAGCUGUAGCCAAUGUUGUUUUCUCUAGAUUGUUGUAUUUUCUUGGGUGGGUAUAACCCUCCUCUUAUUUUCUCCUUGUAUUUCUCCCAGAUUCCCAGCACUUGGCAGCAAUGAAGGGCCCUACACAUGUUAGGUACAAACUGUCCCCUUGGCUGUAUGGUCUCCUACCCACUUGGAAUCGAGUCUAUAAAUACCUCUGUUCAGCA